AUGAAGACAAUCAAGUUCAAGAUCACCACAGGCCCUCGAAUUUCCGCUCAAAAGCAGAGAAAAUCCGAGGUCACCGAACAGUGCCCCCGCCGGCGCCGCUCGUCCGCAGCUUCACCAACCAGGAGCACCGGCUCCUCGUCGAGUUCCUCAUCUUCGGCGGAGAAUGGGCCCAAGAACCACAGGAGCCGCGCAGGGUGCACGGAGUGCAAGCGCCGCCGAGUCAAGUGUGAUGAGACAUUCCCUGUCUGCCGCAAUUGCCAGAGGCGCGGCCAAGUCUGCGAAGCUGCACCCCGGCUUCGGACGUGGCAGAUGGAGUCUCCGUGGAUAGCAAAGUCACACUUGCGGAACGACGCCCCUGACAAGGUUCUUCUUCGAUAUUGGCUUGAAAAGGCUAGCCAAAUCAUGGUCAUCGAUCCCGAUAUCAACCCGCUAUCUUUCCCUAUUUUGGAACAUCUGGACGCAUCUCCCAGCCUACUCCACGCGCUGCAGAGCGUCAGUGCAGCCCAUCAACACUUUUUCGACCCAUCCCAAAUGGCCCGGUGUCUGGAAGAACGGGGCAUUGCAAUUCAGCUCGUGCAGCGGGAAAUUGCCAACCCACCCAAAGACGUGUUCCCCGUUUUUCUCACCGUUUUGAUGCUUGGUCUCUCCACAGCCUGGAUCGAAGGGCCCGUCACCCAAUUUGGUCUCCAGCAUCUCUAUGGUGCACGCGCCUUGGUGGACAUCAUGCUAGCUGACAGCUCAUUGCCUGAGGAGAACCCGUCCGUCUUCGGCUUCACCAUCGGAGCCUACCUCUACUGGGAUAUGGCAUGUGCCUUCCUCGUCUCGAGUUCGGAGCAGGCACCCAUCGACAACGUUGACCUGUUCUUGGGCGUACUUCAAACAGGAUCGGACUAUCAUCCGAUCGGUGGUUAUUGCACGGAGGUGUAUUACCAUCUGAGCAGCGUGGGUCGCUACUGUAGGCGCGUCUGUGAUACGGGCAUACGCAACGUCGAGGAAGAAAACCAUUUGGAGAAUAUGUUGCUUGGCUGGAAGCCUGAAGGUGACAAUGAGGCUUUGGUGACGAUCGGAGAAGCCUUCAAGAUCCACGGUCUCAUCAACCUGGCCAUCUCAAAACGACAUGCAUUGCUGACCGAUCCUUCCGAUAUGGAUGACUUCCUCAGCACGCAACAUAUUGAUCCAACCUUACUAAUGGCUUCCAUCUUAACACCGCCUCCUGCAUCCAACACUGAGUUUCACGCAGACGAGGAUCCUUCAGUUCGGGAAGAGAACAUCAGAAGGCAAGCCGUUCAAGUAGUUCGUUCUUUGACCUCUAUUCCACCUACGCACUCCUGUACAAAUCUGCAAGCAAUUCCGCUACUUACAGCGGGGUCUGAACUCACAGCCGAGGACUAUGAAGAGCGCGAGCUGGUUUCACAACGUUUUCGAGCCUUGUACUCGAUAAAUCAUAUCCGCUCAAACCUAAGAGCCUUAGAUCUUUUGCUUGAACUUUGGGAGUUGCGAGAUGCGGGGACAGUGAUGUCUUGGCUAGAUUUGAUGUUGGAGAAAGGCUGGUCAAUCAUGAUGGGCUGA